UGAAGUCUACAUCUGACAUGUUGUACAGGUCUGUGUUGCAUAGUCUCGGUUCGAGAAGCCAGAUUUUUCACAGUUUAGCAACCAGCGCUUUGCUCAUGGAGGAUGUUCUCCUGGGCUACCUCAGCAAGAAACUAGAUGAGGAGGCUGCGUUGGAUAUUCGAUCAAGUCGAUUCGGAGGUGCCGCUGUUUGGAGUGUGGAGCCUUCCCCAGAGUCUCUCGUCCACAGGAAAGACUUCCUCACAUGCGGCGUUUGCGGUGAGAAUCUUGUUCUCUUUGUCCAGAUUUCUGCGGGCUAUGGAGAUCACCAGAAACGCUUGCUCUACCUCUUUGGCUGCCGCACGAGCAGUUGUGGUAUUGAUGCUAAAGCCUGGCGAGUACUGCGCAGUACUGGGCCAAUGGCAGAGGCAAAGGCCAGCCAAAAGGAGGCUUUGACUGCGGCUGCAGGUUCCUAUGCAAUAGAUUCAGCUGACUGGGGCGUAAGCGACUGGAGUGUUCCUGGAGACGCUGCCCUCGAUGCAGAUGCUGAGAUUGAGGCCUUGCUGGCAGCCCGCUCCAAUGUCUCAAAAGAGGGUGCAAUGCCCUCAAGAGGCAAAGAGGUGAGAGAGCAACAGGAUGAGACAUCUUCGUGGCUUGGAGUUAGAGAAGACCCUUUGAGGCCCUUGAGCUGGCCAUGCCUUUCGCUGAGUGUCGACUACGAGCCGUGGAAUUCUGCAGAGGGUAGCCAUGAAGAAGAACUCUUGCAGAGAUACUUGCAGAGCGAACUAUCUGGGAACGAGGACCUGAGCUCCAUGUCUGGGCCCCUGCCAAAGGAGCUGGAAGUGGAGGCGGCGAGCCUUCGCCAAGAAGCUGGGGACGCUUUACCAAGCUCCGGUCAGGAGGCCGGCUUUGGCGAUGAGGAUGAUGAUGAUGAUGCCGAAGAGGCCAUCCGCGCUGGGGACAAGAAUGCCAGGGUGGAUUGGUUAAUGAGGCCAUCGGACCAACAUGUUCCCUCCAGGUUGUAUAUGCAAUGUUGGCACACUUCAACGUCUCACAUCAAUCAAUACAUGGGAUAUUAAGUUUCAUCAGUCAAGCUUCGACAGUUUGGCAUCAGAGAAGAUGUGUUUUUUGGGUUGGAUGUUACAUGAGCCAUGGUCAAAACUAGG